UUCUUGGAUCGCGCUUUUCUCUCUCUACCUAUACAUAUAUAUGCAUAUCUUUUUUCUCUCUCUCCCUCUCCCUCUCCCUCUCCUCUGAAAAAGCCCUUCUUCCGUUCCUCCAUUGCUCUAAAAAUUCGCCAACACCUCUUUUGUGUACCAGCUGCUUUUUUUUUUCUUUUUUUUUUCUUUUUGUCUUCUGAUACAAUUUGGGGUUUGGUCAAUCUUUACUAUCUCUUCUCUUUUUUUUCCUUUUUGGGUUUUUCUGGGUUUUCAAUUUCAGUUUCUGGGUAUCCUUCAGAAUCUUGCGUAAGCUUUUUGUUUUAAUCUUCUCUUCUUUUUAAUUCUUUUUUUUAUUUUAUUUAAAUUUUCAACGAUUUGUUGGUUGGUUGUCGGUCAUGGCAUUAUAAAUGUUUGGAAUUGGGUCGUUUUCGUGUGGUUUAAUUUCUCAUUCUUACGUUUUUUUUUUUUGUUUAUAGCUGUGAUUAAGUUGUUUCCUUGUUUUAAAUUUGAUUUGGGUUUGAUCUGAAGGAGCUUAUUUUGGCAGCAUCAUUGUAAAUUUGAUCAGGGAUUUUCAUAUUAUUUGGUUUGAUUCAAAUUCUAUAACAUUGAUGGUGGAAAGUUUUUAAUUUUUAAUUUUUUUUAUCAAAAUCAUUUGUUUCACCCCUGCAUUGUUUUAUCAAACCUUUUUUGGGAUUACAAAAAGAUCAAUUCAACUGGGUUGAAUUUGUGUAGUUCAAUUGUUUGAUAUUUGUUCUCAGAGCAAAGGUAUUCGGUGUUUCCGACUAUUGAUUGGAUUUGGGGUUCUUGACAAUGGAUGUGAAAAAAGAUGAUGAAGUUGGAGAAGUUCCGAAAACGGAGAAGCCGGGCAAUGAAGAGGGGGGAUUGGGGUCAAACUCAAAGUUGAUUGGCAAGGGUAGUCUUACCAGUAAAAAUUUGUUGGCGAAGGGUACUGGAAGUUUUAGUAGCAAAGAUAUGAUAUUCAGAGCUGACAAAAUUGAUCUGAAAAGCUUGGAUGUUCAGCUGGAGAAACAUUUGAGCCGGGUUUGGUCGAGGAACGUAGAGGCACAAAUGCCAAAGGAAGAGUGGGAGAUCGAUCCAUUUAAGUUGGAUAUAAGAUAUUUGGUUGCUCGGGGCACCUAUGGUACUGUGUAUCGCGGUACUUAUGAUAACCAAGAUGUUGCAGUGAAGCUGUUGGACUGGGGAGAGGAUGGCAUGGCCACAACUGCUGAAACUGCUGCUUUGCGGGCAUCAUUUCGGCAAGAGGUUGCCGUUUGGCAAAAGCUUGACCAUCCAAAUGUCACAAAAUUUGUUGGUGCUUCAAUGGGGACGUCAGAUCUUAAGAUUCCUUCAAAAAAUCCUUCUAGUGAUGGUAAUAUUACCCUUCCACCAAGGGCAUGUUGUGUGGUUCUGGAGUACCUCCACGGUGGGACGCUGAAAAAAUUCCUUUUUCAAAAUAGGAAAAAGAAACUUACCUUUAAAAUAGUGAUUCAACUUGCUUUGGACCUCGCUAGAGGAUUGAGCUAUCUGCAUUCAGAGAAAAUUGUGCAUCGUGAUGUUAAAGCUGAGAAUAUGUUGCUAGAUACUCAUAGAAAUCUAAAAAUUGCUGAUUUUGGUGUUGCUCGUGUUGAAGCUCAGAAUCCUCAGGACAUGACCGGUGAAACUGGAACCCUUGGUUACAUGGCACCUGAGGUUCUUGAUGGCAAGCCAUACAAUAGAAAAUGUGAUGUCUACAGCUUCGGCAUAUGUUUAUGGGAAAUUUAUUGUUGUGAUCUACCCUACACAAAUCUUAGCUUUGUUGAAGUUUCCUCCGCUGUUGUUCGACAGAAUUUAAGGCCAGAAAUCCCCAGAUGUUGCCCGAGUUCUCUAGCACACAUCAUGAAGAAAUGCUGGGACGCAAACCCAGAAAAACGCCCCGACAUGAGUGAGGUAGUGAGGUUGUUAGAAGCAAUUGACACGACCAAAGGAGGCGGGAUGAUACCCGAAGACCAGGGCGCUGGCUGCUUCUGCUUCGCUCCAGUUCGCGGUCCUUGAUUCUUCUUCUAUUCAUUUGUAUCUGUCAAUGGAGAGUGAAAGCAUGUUUUGGUUGCACAGAAAAUGGAGAUAAUCUGUGGAUGUUUCACAAUUCUUUUUUUUCUUUUCUUUCAAAGAACAAUUGUCUGUGGCAGUUGCUUCCUGGGAUAUUUCUUGAUUGUGAAUGAAGCAACAUAUACAGAUUCUUAAUAUAUAUA